UAGUCGAAACUUUGUGUCCGCGGCUGCACGGAUAUGGCUGGUGUACGAGUGGCGUUGUUCGCGACGUUGUUCGCGAUCGUCGAUUUCUCGAUCGCCGAGUCCACACGGCAAUCACUCCAAUGCAAAAACAUUGCCAGGGACGUGAUCAUCAACAGCUGCAAGGGGCCAAGGAUGAAACGAUCGCCGGAGAGCCUGGAUCUCGCGAGAUUGAACCAGCAGGCACCGACAGAGGCUGUCGAAGCACGGAAUGACGGCGAACCACGUGCAACGCAAAGUAAACGUAAUUUCUAUCCUGGCCUUUACGGUAUGCCACCAAUGCCGCCGAUGCUUGGCGGAAAUUACGCCUCGAGCAACUACCACCAAACGGAUCUCUCUCUGCCUGGACUCGGAUUUAUGGACACUGGUUACGCUAACACGAUGGAAGAAAGCUACCGGCCGCCCAUUCCAUCCGGUUAUCAGCCAGGAUAUAUGAUAAGAUCCGUUAAUCCAAACGAUCAUCCCGGCAUCGGCCUGAGCGCUGACGAACUGGAUGAACUUUACCAAGAGAUCGGCGACAGCAUGCCCAGAAAUUCGAGGAACCUGAACAAGAAAAUUUUCCAACACGUCGCUAUGAAAUGCUGUCCAAACGCGCAAUUAUGCUACGACGAUCCACGGAUAAUCCCAUGCAUGGGCUAUUAA